AUGACGGACUCAGAGGAAUACGAGACUACCGACGUAGUAAUCUGCGGAUGCGGACCAACUGGUGCAAUGUUAUCUGCCUAUCUUGGUCAAAUGUCUAUCAAGAAUGUGGUGUUAGAAAAAGAGGCCGACAUUACCACAGACCCGCGAGGCAUUGCUCUAGAUGAGGAUGGGAUUCGAUUUUUGCAGGGAUUAGGAAUUUAUGAUAGUAUUUACACAGAAAUUGGAAUAUCCAUGAAUAUAUUCAAAUUUGUUGAUGGAACGAAGCCGGAUUUAAGUAGGAAGGCAUUUUUGGAGAUGGAUUACAGUACCACGGAGGGCGGCACAGGUCAUGUUGGAUUCAUCUGUCACAAACAGCCGGAGUUGGAAAGACACCUUCGCGACAAGAUGGCAGAGAAUGGACUGAGUCAACUUCGAUCUGGGUGUAGUGUUACCAAUCUUUCUGAAACCAAAGAAUGGACGUACUGUGAGUAUAUUGACUCAGAAGGCAACACACACCGAAUACGGUCCAGAUUCUUUGUUGGUGCAGAUGGCAAAACGGGUUAUACUCGCAAGAAAUAUCUUGAAUCUAGGGGUGUCCAGAUGGAGAGGGCGCAUAACUCCUUCUAUGAAGAAACUUGGGUUGCUCUAAACUGGCAUAUUUCACUUCCUAACAAGGAGUCCCAUCUGGACUUUCCCUUAUGGUCCCUGGGAUACACGCCGGAGCAAGUAUACGACCUCUUCUUUCCUGUCAACUUCCGUUUUCUGUGUAAUCCCAAGCGACCUGCUGUCUGCGGCCGAUUUGGGCCCUCUGCCGAUCGUCUUUGGAGGUUCGAAUUUGUUGUCUUCAAGGACGAGGACGGGAUGGAAAUGGCGCAGCCGGAGAUGAUGAAAAAGAUUGUUUUUCCUUAUAUUACGCAUCCUGGUAACCGCUAUGGUCUUUCGAAUGAGGUGCAGUAUCCGGAGGAUUGUAUCAGCGUUCUACGCUCAAGACCAUUUAUGUUCUCUGCUAGAAUUUGCAAUAAAUGGUCUGAGGGUCGCGUUAUUCUUUGUGGAGACGCCGCUCAUGUAUUUCCACCAUUUGGGGGACAAGGAAUAGCUUCUGGAUUCCGCGACGCCUCCUCGCUCGCCUGGCGUUUGGCCAUUCUCUGCAAAGCAUCCGAGCAAGGCUUAACACUACCUUACGACAAAUUCUUCACAGCCUGGUACCUUGAACGUAAACAACAACUUGAGAAAUCGUUAGCAGUCACAAUCACGAACGGUGAAUUCGUGACUGAAAGUAAUCUGAUCAAGAUCUUUAUUCGCAAUUGGUCACUGUGGUUCAUGCAACUGAUUCCAGCUUGGCGUGAAAAGCUGCGUCAGGGUCCACGUCAUGAGGGACUUAUUAGGUACCAGUACUCGAAUGGAAUGCCGUUUAUACCGUCUUUGAAUGGAGGGUUGUGUGUCCCUCAGGUGUAUUGCAAAUCUCUCACACCAGAUAACAUGGUCUAUUUUACGGACGACGUAAUAUUCAAGCAGAAGAAAGGAUUAUUCCAACUUGUUGUCUAUCUGAAAGAUCCCGGAGAAGUGGCUACCGUGGGUAAAGAUAUAUCUAGUAUCGAGACAAUAUCUCAAGGAUAUAUCUACGAAAGUGACAUUGCAUGCUUAACCGAAUUUGAUGCACAAUCGUUGACUCAUUAUUCCAAAAACGAGUCCCCUUACCCGACAUAUAGCAUCGCCACCGGAGAAGAGUUUGCAAGGUCUGAGCUGUGCAAGGGAAGGCCGGAACCAAGAUACUAUAAUCCUUAUCGAUUGAGGAAAGAGUUGAAAGGACAUAGAUACAUUAUUCUUCGGCCUGACAGAUUUGUUUUUGCGUCAUGUUCCACUAGGGACGAUCUCAUGAAAGCCGUUAGGGUUCUUGUGGCGUACGUGAAUCGCGGUGAAGUGCAAACAAUAUAG